AUGUCUUGUCCCGACGUGGUUGGAUCCAGAGGUUUGCCGGGCCACCAUCUCGGGUUGGAGAACAGCCACGAUUGGGUUGGUCUGGCCUAUUGGCCAGAGCAAGGCUUCAUUGUGACCCCAGCUUAUCACUAUCUACUCCAGGCUUCCAAGAUCCAGGGGGUGAUGUGGGACUACUAUACCUCACUUGGCAUUCCCGAGGCUGAAGAUCGAUCCAUUGUGGUUGAUAAGAACGGAGUGACUGCCAAGCUGGCCGUAGUGGUCAGGGCCAGCGUGAUAAGGCCUACGGCGGGACCAGAUCCUUCGAGCCGUAUACCUUAUCACGACUAG